AUGCCCGCUCAUAUUCCCCUUGGCAGCCUCGCUGUACAGGCACCGACGCUAGCACCAAAGACGGUGCAUGUCUCGCCAGCAACUUGUCAUAACCUCACUUUAUUCAAAGAUCUCAUGAAGGAGUAUCGUAGAUUGGACGAUACAAUCACUAUGCGGCUCAACCGUACCAACGCACAGUUUCGUGAUCGAGACAGACAGGGUCUCGGCGGCGGUGGGAAUGUGGAGGAACAGGCGUGCGCUCAAAUAUGGCGAGAACUCAUGGCCAACUGGAAGCGCCGCACAGAGAUUAUCAACUAUUGCGUUGGUGUAGUGGAUCAAUCCAUGGAUGAAAAGCGCAGGUCAUUAGACACCGAAGGAAACGACCCUACACAACAACGUCGGACACAGGGUGCACUUUAUGCGGAGGAUGUCAAACGCAAUCAGGUGCACAACGAGUUGGCCGUAGAGCAGAUCGUGCGUCAAAGAUCCCUGGAUGCAUUUCGCUCGCGCUGUAAAUAUUUCGAGCCACCAUCAUCAGAAGCAGAGGCUCGGGAAUGGUGGGAUAGUGCCCGAGCUGGACGAUGA